GGCACACUGCAGGUUGUUCCCGACGUUUGUGAGCUCUGUUUGCACCGACCUAAAAUGUUUUCCAACAGUAAUUUGCAUAAAUCCAACAGAAAAAUAACUGAUGUGGAUACAAAACGUUUUGUGGAGGGUUUUCAACUCUGUGAUGUGGACAAAAAAGGUUACUUGAGCAGAGAGGACAUGAAGAUGGCUGUUGUCAUGCUGUUUGGAUACAAGCCAUCAAAGUCUGAGACAAAUCUCUUAAUGACCAACUACACUUCCACAAACUUGCCAGGGGUCCCUCUGGAGCCCUUUGUGACUCUCAUGGGGAGGAAGUUGUCUGUGGAGGAUCACUUUGAGAAGACAAGGCGGAUCUUCAACGCGUUUGAUGCUCAGUGUCGUGGCUUUCUGAAGCUGGAUGACUUCAAGCGUGCGUUCAAACUCGUGGCUCCACGACUGCCAGAGAGGACUGUGCUGGAGGCUUUUCGACAUGUGGACAAGGACUCGGACGGCUUUGUGAGCUUCAAGGACUUUGAAAAUGUCAUCAGCUACGGGCAGGCAAACAGCUGAGGCGUCGCAGGCCUGACUCUGAGCCAGCAGAGACGACCAUCGCACCACAACAAUCACUGCUAGUGGACUCUCGGGCCAUCGCACCACAACUGCCAUCGCUAGUGGGCUCGCUAGUGGACAGUGCUGAUGUUUCCAUCGCCUUUCUUCCCUAUCGCUGCAUACACGUAAAUGGGAGAGAGAUGUAAGUGUCCCGAGUGCUCCGACUCCCGGGGCACGAUGAUGACCUCUGAUGUGUUUAUCGAUCCCGUCGCGUCGGACUCCUGGAAUGUAAUGGAGACACUUGCGUGGCCAUUGUGUUGCCGCCUCACAAACUGCAUUAAGCCCAGACGCAAUCUGCCCCCGUCUCAUCUCGUGAGCCGAGGGGAGAAAAGAGGCCGUGUUCUCGUGUCUCUUCCGCUCUGUGAUGCAUUUCAGGCUGUUCUCUCCAGACCGCGUUUACGGGGGGACCUUUGUGGUGUGUCUGCUUUUUUCGUCGCUUGAAACCCAUUAAGCGUCACGUCGAGCCUUGAUGUCUUUUAAUCCCCGCGACUAAAUCCACUUCCACAAGAAAAACCAACUGCCAGUGCACGGCAACAGAAAAAAAAAUACCCAAUAGUGAACAAUAGUAAUCAGAUUGGGCGUUUUAAUGAGUUUCUCUAGGUGGAAAACGGGCAGGUAUAGAUUCGCACUGAACAGCAUGAGAAACAUGGACUUCCGGGGGAUUUUCUGUGGGUCUUCUUGUUGCACAUGAUUACGGAACUGUAAAUACUUGUUUGUGUUUUGAGAGAUUUGCUGCACUCCCGUUGGAAUAAAGAUUAAUUUGUUUUUGUAAUCAG